AUGUGCGACGAAAAUCAUGGGAUUACGAUGCAAAACUUAGAAAAACAACAGGAACAAUGUCAAAAUAUUUGUAUCGACUUUGAUAAUUCACCCGAUUCACCGGAAGAAAAUAAACCGAUCUCGGGUUGGUCCGGUCACAGAAUAUUAUGUAUCGCAGUUGAAGCUCUAGCCGGAAUCAUACUGAUAUGUAUUAUGUGGUGGCUGAGUAUCUGGUGUACGAUUCUUACCAAACAAACCAGGAAUGAUGAAUUCUGGGACUUGGUCAAGAUUUUAAUGCUGUACAUAGCCAGUAUAUUAGCCGGUCAAGCGAUUAAUAUAAUAUGUAACUUUCCAACACUGAUGGGUAUGGUAUUGGCAGGUAUUACGUUCUUCAUAUUUGAACUAAGUAUAAACACAAGUGAUACCUUGCAAAAAUUUGUUUUCUUCAUUAGGUGCGUGUUAUAAUUUAUUAAUAAUAAUAUUUUUUUAAUUUUGAUUUUAUAAUAACGAGUGCUAGAUGUUAUAAUUAUUGCAUGUCACCAUAUAAAUAAAAAAUAAAUAAUAAUUAACACAAAUAAGUGGUUUUUCUGAAUAGAAGAUUUAUUAUUUGGAUGGCCUAUUAUUUAGUUAUCGAUAGACGACGCGAUAGAUGUUAUGGGAUUUUGUAUAGGUGUUCUAAAGUUGUCAAAAAACUGUAAAAAAUGUUCGUGUUAAAACUGUUCUUUAUACAUUUUUUCGAAAAACGGACUAUCUAUUCACUACUAUUGUUAAUAUUUAAUGACUAAAGAGAAAAAAACAACUUUUGUACUCAAUAAAUUAAACGUAAUAUCACUAUUGCUAAAAUUUAAUAGACGAAGGAAAAUCAAAACGGGUAGGCUGUAGCAGAAAAUGUAUCAUUUGUGGCGAGUAAAUUACUACAGAUUAUAAUACAACAUUUAAUUUAUAAAUAGUUUCGUAUAACUCUUUCAUUACAACUAUUAUAUAUUAUGAAUUCUCGCAAAUUAAAAAACGUCCAGUAUUAGAAGCAACUUAUUAAUGAUCAAUAACAAAAAAAAAAAAAUUAAUAUAUGUUAACGAAAAUCGAAUAACUUCUCUGUUAUCAACUUACCGAGAAUAAUCAAUUGGUUGCUGUUCACCGUAUACUUAUGCAACUAAAGCCAAUCAAAAUAGUUAUUCUUUUAAUUUGCUUGUCAAAAUGUGCUGUAAAAGUAUUAAUUAAUAACUAAGGUCACCAAGAAAAAGUGACUUUAAAAGAUAAUUAUUCUACUAUUAAGGACCUUACUUAAGGACGUUACAUCGAUUUUCAUCAGUAAAAACAUAGCCACGCAAAUCAACCAAAACGGCAUCAAAAAGUGGUCCCAGAGUUAAAAUACCUAUUAUGAAAUUUGUUGAGAACAAUAUUUCGGAGGGAACUUCAUCGGGGUUUUGUAAUAUUCCAAAUAUACAAGUUAGGUAUAAAAGGUACAAAAAAAUCCAUGAUAGAGCAGUUUCAGAGCAGUUUUAAAAUAUUUCGUCAUUUGUCAUCAAAAUUUUGCAAUACUUCAGUAAUAAAUACAACUAGAAAAAAUAUGGGGGGGAGGGUUAACCCUUAGAGAACCAUUGAGUUUCUACACCACUUUUUAAUGGCUUUUCGUUUGAUUUGUGUGAACGUGUUUUAAUGCUCUAAAAUAUAAAUUGUAUCCCGUCAUGCGCUGAUCCAAGUGGCACCAUGAAUUUCGUAAUUGUCAUCCCCCACAGUAAACACAUCUACUACAACCAACGCUAAAACGUGUCUGGUAGCUUUCGUAAUUGUGCGCGCGAACAUGCAACAUUAUUAUUUAUAUUUAUAUUUGUUUACUAAAAAAAAAAAAAUACAAAUCUAAAUAUUAUCUGUGAGCAAUAUAAAAAAAAAAAAAAACUUGGAUUAGCUUUAUUAUCUUCGGAAAUAAUCAUGGGGUUAUUUGUUUUUUUUUGUUUAGGCAAAAGGGAAAAAAAGUGUAAACAUUUUUUUCGAAGCAUGGGGUUUGAAUUUGCUCACGAGAACCCUAGGACAAAACUAGGUAUGAAUAACCAUUUUUAUAAUUUUUAUAAUAACCAUAAUUUUUUAUUCAAACGAUUUUCUUCAAAAUUUGAUAUUAAAAUUUCUUCAAAAAAAAAACUAUAAAAAACUCAAUUUUUUUUUAUCAUAAAGUAAGAAUCUUAAUGAACCUGAAAAACUAAAUUUUCAAGAAUUUCUGUUCAAGUCUUAACAAUUUUAUCACAGAGUACCUACCGAAUAAAAAUUACGUACAAAACUUGCAAAAUUAAAAUGUCUAUAAAUAGCUCAAAAAUGGCUUAAAUUUUUGAGUAUUUUACCGCGUCCAGAAAAUACAAAUAUAAGAUAUUUGUAAGUCCACAAAGUUGAUAUGAAUAUUUUUAACUGAAUUUCAACGUUUAUGCAUUUAUUUUUCAAUCGUGUGACUAAAAGAUUCAAAUACGACCGAGUAUUUGGUAUUUAAUGAAAAAAUAAUUAAGGUAAUAAAUACAACGGGGUGUUCGUUAUUUGAGAGAGAUUAAUAUAUUUCUUAUUAGUCGAAACAUUGUAUAAUGUGUGAGAAUAUAAAAAUUCACACGCCGGUCGGUGCGUUUGGCGACAUCGUCAACGCACCGACGUGGUUGCAGACCACCCAAUUUCGUUAUUUAACAGAAUUCUUAUUCUUAAAGUUUGAUUAUCAGCAAAUUAUAAUUCAUCGGCCCCGACGUAAAGACGUUAUUGAUUAUAAAAAAUAAUGGUUUUUUUUUAGCGUCUCGAGCUGCUCAACUAUUCGAGAAAUAUUUUUAAGAAUCACUCUGUCGAGAACGAAAAGAUAUUUGUAAGUCCAUAGAGUUGAUACGAAUAUUUUUAACUGAAUUUCAACAAAAGUAUUAAAAUUUUUAUUUUCUAAUUUUGUAUAUUCGUAUAUUUACUAUGUAUUCGUUUAAUACACAUAAACCUAAUAUUAUUAUCGUUUGACAGUCUCCAAUUAUUAUUAAUCCAUGAUAGACAUUUUCAGAGCAGUUUUAAAAUAUUUCGUCAUUCGUCAUCAAUAUUUUACUAUACUUCAGUAAUGAAUACAGCUAGAAAAAAUAUGGCGGGGUUUAACCCACAGAACAACCCUUAGUGGACCACUGAGUUCCUACUCUAAAACCACUUUUUAUUGGCUUUACGUUUGAUUUAUGUGAACGUGUUUUAAUGCUUUGAAAUGUAAAUUGUCUCCCGUCAUGUGCUGCUCCUAGUGGCACCAUGAAUUUUGUAGUUGUCAUCCCCCACAGUGAACCCCUCUACUACAACCAACGCUAAAACGUGUCUGGUAGCGUUCGUAAUUGCGCGCGCGAACACGCAGCAUUAUUAUUUAUAUUUUAUAAUAUUUUUAGAACCUAUGUCAUGGCCCACAUUCGACUAUAAAUAAUAUUAUUAUCGAUUAGAAUAACAGAGAAAAAAAAAUAUUAUUACUAUUAUUAUUAUACAUUUUGACAUUUCUUGAUGAAAUGCUGCGGCUACACCUAUCAUUUUAAUUGUUUUUAUUAUAUUAAUACAAUGUUUUGUUCAUGAGUAAGUUAUUCGUUUUUUGAUUUUUUAAUUACGAUAAUAAUAAUUAAUUAACAUUAAUCUAAUAAUUAGGAUAAACAAGACAAAAACGUAAAAUUAAAACUGACAAAUUUAUGUUGUUACGAUUUCAUUAUUUUAAAUGUUUACGGCUGAUGUCUACCGUAAAUAUUAUUCCAACAGAAAUCAUCAAGAGAUCUUUUUUGUUGACUUUGUAAUCUAGUUGGUGACCAAGGAAGUCAUUUUUGGUUUUCUUUUUAGUUUUUUUAAUAAUUGAGUAAAAUUGAAAAAUAUAUAAAAGGAAAUAUUACGAAAAUUAUGCUUUUAUAUUUUGUGUUUUUAUCGCAAAAAUUAAGGGUAACACGAUAUAACAUAAAUAUAAAAUCGUAGAGCAGCUUGUUUUUUUUAAUGUUCUAGAAAACAAAUUCCGAAAAAGUUAAUAUUUUCCGAGAUGACAAGUGUACCCACUUAAAUGGAUCACUCUGUACACUCAAAAGAAAAGGUUUGCAAACUCUCUUAUCUGAUCUUUGAUUGUCCCCCAUUAUAUUCCAAGCGCUUAAUUUUGCUCCUUUUCUUGAUAUUUCAUUACAUUCCACUCAAUAUCUUCUCUAUACUUAACAUCAAAUCCGAAUUGGUCAUAAUUAAGGUAAUUAAUUUAGUAUUGGAUACUGGCUUUAGUGCCCAUUUGUGUUUUGUUUUUUCUUUCCUUAUAAAUAAGUGUCGAAUUAUCAUAAUCACUUACCAAUAACUAAUGAAAAAAAAAUAAAGAUAAAGUAAAAUUUGUACGAAAAUCUUAAAUAUUACGGCCUUUCAAAACGUGUAUAACGAACCUCGCUCCGAGUCGUUUUUCGUUAUCAAUGGUUUAUCGUUGGUUACAAGUAUAAAUUAAAUAACUUUAUGUGUCCCACCUUCCCCAUAACCCACCUAAAACAGCUAAUGGCCGACCCGUCUCCAGUAUCAGCUCUUUUUAAAAUUAAUUUUAUAGAAAUAUCGUUGUCUUUAAUUAUAUUUAAAUAUAUUUUUAAUACUUGGAAUUACUUUUUGUACCUAAUAUUUAAUAUACUAUGCAACAUAUGAAUCAAUUUUAAUAAUUAUUCAUCUAAACGAGCACUUGUUAUUUAAAUUUCAACCAUUCAAAGUGCACUCAUACGAGCAAGCAUUUUUUAUAAGUUUCAUGUUUGUUUUUAUUUUCAAAGCGAGAUCACACCAUUCGUGAUUAUGAUCAUCAGUGUAUUGGAGCUGAACACGUGGGAGUUUCGUCAGAUUAGUGGUUCUCUGGUAAGAUUGGUGGUCGUGUCAUUCAUAGUUGAUAUUGGUUUUAUUGGUAUUGCCGCAUACUUCAUUUGGCCAAUAGAUGCGUGGGUACCGAUAUAUGGAUAUGGGUGAGAUUAUUUAUGUUAAUUCUAUCGUUUCUAUCCAUAACAUUUCUAACUAGUUAUUAUAAUAUGAUAGGUAUUUAUUUUGAAUAAUUUCUACUAUUAGUAUAUGUACAAUUGUAGUGUAUCUAAAUUUAUAGGUAUAAUUAAGUAGUGAUUAAAUAAAUUAUCUUUAAGUAAUUUUUUUUUUUUUAUCAGAUAUUGAAAGUAUUAGAAACACCUGGCAAAUCAAGACAUACUGAAAUAAUAAUAAUAGUGUUACAAUGUUAUAAUAUUAUAACUAUACGAUCGACAUAAAUAUGCCCUCAAAAAUCGAUUAAAUGUGUAUGUAGUUACUAAGUUACGCCAUAAAAAUUACCAAAAUAUGCAAAAAAUUAUGUUCUUAAAAAGAAAAACUUAACCUAACUCUUUUUUUGUGUUGUAUCACGGUGCGGCAAAGGGUGGAGCUGUCCUACCCCUCUACCUCUGCAUCGUUUAUUGAAAAAUAACAUACAUACAAUGUAACAAACGUUUAAAACAGAUACAUUUUCAGGACUGACCCUAUAAUUUAUCGCCUUCGGCGUACACCAACAAUGCUUACUUAGGUCAAGUUGGUCCUCAUUGAUAUACGCUGCGGUGGGAAGGGACCCUCUUUGCGACCCGACCUCUACUUGCCGUUCUGGUUACCAAACAGCGAAUCUAACAAGUAUAAAUCUCACCAUUUUCCAAUAAAAUCAAAGUGGCAUAUAUGUACGAUAAAAUUCAUAGACAAGACAUUCUAAUUUGAUUUCACCGAUGUAUUAAUAAAUUGAAUAACCCAUAAAAACUUGUUUGAGGGAAAUAAAUUAAUAUCUAAAACACGGAAAAAACGGGUAGGUACAAUGCUAGUAUCAGCAUGCAUGCUGAAUGCUAAUAUUUAUACAUUUUUUGACUCUUGUUUCGUCGUUUUAAAAAUGUCUUACAAAUUUAUGAAAUCCUUGAGAUAUGCUCUCAAAACGCAAACAACUCUAAAAUAUGUCUUAAAAAACCUAAAAAGUCAAAAUGUGUGAAUUAAAAUUGUUUACGUAGACUCAUUAUUUCAUGAAAGGUAGCUAAACAAUUCAUCGCCUGGACCUGGAUAAUUCAUCGCUCGGUUAUAUAUUAUAUAUUUAUACAAAUAAUAUUAUUUACAAAUUACCAGUGAUUAGUUUUAUUGAGAUUAUUGUCAUGACAUAUUGUUAUUAUAUUACCGAUAAAGGUAUACAAUCGUAAUCUCAAUUGAUAGCUUAUUGUUAUUUAAUUUAAUCUAGUUCAAACAAAUAAAUAGAACAAUUGAAGAUUAUUUGAGAGGUACCGACCACAAUUUUCAAUUGAAUGUUGAGUUUUAAGAAUUUUAAAUUGUACAUUAAUUGUAUAGGUGUUAGGUAUAAAAGGUAUUAUUAUAAUUUAAUACUAAUUAUAUAUAUAUUUUUUUUAUGACAAGUGUAUUUUUCAUACAAAAAUUAUUAUAUUGAUAUUUAUUUUUAAAUUAUUUUAUUAUUAUAAUAUAGUAAAAAAAAAAUUCUCGCGGUGAAUUGUCCGGCGAUAAAUUUGUCAGGCUGUGAUUUGUCUGCGAUCCAGCAUGAAACACAUUUUGGUAGUAACUAGCUAUUAUUUUGAUGAACUAAUAAAAAUAUUAUGCAAAUUAAUAAAAAUGUUGGUUUAAGUUAUAAUACUCAUAACAUCUGUGUUAAAAUUUCAUUUAGUUGGUUCAUAAUUUAAAUUAUAACCUAUAGGACAUAUGUAUAACAUAGUAUUAUGUGAAUUAAAAAUUCAUAAAAUGUUAUUAUACUGACAGAAGAAUAACAAAUUAAUUUUAAAAUUUGUACAUCACUGUCUUCUCAGUGCACCUACUUAAAUGGUAUAGUCUCUCCAGUUAUUAUAUUAAUAUUUCAUCAAUAAUGGUAAUACCUAUAGGAAUUUGAAGAUAUUUUAAAUGUUAAUGAAAUAUUUAUGUUAAAUUCAAAGGUUUGUUUGGUCAACUAUUAAUCCGGUUGUACUAGUUCCAAGUUUGUUGCAAUUAAAACGUAUGGAUUAUGGCGAAGAAAGCGGUGUAAUAAACCUGUUAAUUGCUGCAUCAUGUAUAAUGGAAGUGAUAACAAACAUUACAGAUGGCUAUUUACAAUGCUUGGAUAAGUAUCAUGGCAUGUUUUUUUCAAUGUAUUAUUUAUCUGUAAUUGUGCAUAGAGAAUUAUUAUAAUCGUUUUAACGUUUAAAUAAGUAAUGGGCGGAACCGAUUAGUUUUGACUUCGAUUGUCAAUCGAGAGUUCAAAAAACUAAUCAAGAAAUUUAUCGAUUGAAUUGAUAAUUUUAUUCGUUGAUUGCUUUGAAAACUAUCGAAUGAAUUAGUUGAUAGUUUUCAUUUAGUAGUAGCACCGACUAGUUUUAGAUUCUGAUUAAAGUGAGGAAUGUAUUGGUUUCACAAUAUUUUUUUUAGAUUUUGAGUGGAGCGAGGAAUGUAUUUACAAUGGUAUUAUUAUUAUUAUUUUUCUGUGAACAACUUUUCUACCAGCAAUUUUGCUCCGAUUUAUAAUGAUAGCACUUUUGCUGAAAAGAAAUCUGACUGGUGAGGUACUUUAAGGAAGACAUUUUUUGAUUUUCCCUAAAGUUUUCCCAAUAAAUAGAAAAAAUGUAGGCAAAACGGGAAAAUAGGUACAAUAUUAAACAAAUAUUAUUAAAGAAAAUAUAUAAUGCAUGUGUAAUUUUACCAUAAUAUGACAUAUACAGUCAUGUUGUUCGUACUGUUCGCAACCUGCGCUAAGAGGUACCACUAAAUAUUUCAGUUGGAUGACCUAGUAUUGAAAUGGAAUUUUCGGGGAAUGAUAGGGAGUAUCCAAGUACAUAUUUUCAGACAAGUUUCAAAUUUUUAACUCUUUUGGUAUGCGCAUGGGCAAUACAACUUACUUUUUUUUAAACGGCAACAUUAUUUCUUUCGUAUAGAUUUGGAUAGAACUAUUUAGAACAAUUUUUGUAUAAAAAGUUUUUUUUAAUUACAAAAUUGGCAAAAUUAUAGCAUGUUGAAGUUUAAUAUUUACGAAUGAUUUGUUAUGACGAAAUUUUAACUAUGUUCAACUUAUGCUCGAAAAUCGAAAUGAUAUCUCCGAUAUUUUGAAAUACCUGUUUGUAGAUAGAUACUUUUUUUUUUACAUUAUGAAUCGAGAACUAGGGGUGGUACUGUCGUUAGCCAUUUCUCCCCCCAGCUCCGAUCGUUAAUUGAACAUAAAGUUACAAAACAUGCUCAUACAAAUAUAUAUCUUUACAUACGUGGUGGAGGCCUCUAGCCACCCCUGUGAUUUGGCCUUUGACUUAUAGAUUUAGAUUUAACUAGUUUUAACUUUCCGUUACGGCGGAUUGCCUUGCCUUCUCCGUUUUUCUUCCAUUUUCUUUUGUAGAACGUCGUGAAUAAAUGCAUUGAUGGUGUUCCAUGUGACACUGUCCUUCAGCAUGUGGUCCAUUAGGUUGUCAGGUUUAAGUGGUCCUCCAAUGUCUGUUUCCAUGCCGAAUCUUCGGGUUUCCCAGGCGUAGAAGAGUGUGUGUAGUGCGUCGUCGAAGAGGUGGCCGCAGUGCCAGUACUUUGGCGUGACGAGUUUCCCAUAUUUGUGCAGGUAGGCGCCAUAGCAGCUGUGGCCUGUCAGCGCUUGCGUGAGCCAAUAGUCUAUUGAACCAUGCUUCUUACUUCUUAAUGGGGAGAUGUUCUUGAUGAUCCUGUGCGUCCUUUUACCUUUGGAAUUAUUGUCCCAUCUGGUCUGCCAGGCCGUUAUCGUGUCGUUGUCCGCUUCUCGUCUAGCAUUGUUGAUAUCUGGAGUCAGCCGCUGCCCGUAUCUGACUUUCCUUUCGAGUGCCUGGAGGUCUAUGGAGGGAAUUUCCGUAAUAACUUGGACUGCAUCGGUAGAAGUGGUUCGGUAUGCUGACGUAACCCUCAGCGCGAUGUGCCUUUGAACCUUUUCGAGCUCUGCCAUUCCCUUUCUGCUCAUUCUGCCCGCCCACACUGGUGCUCCAUACAAGAGCAACGGAUGUACCACAUUGGACAGUAGCAUCUUUUUCUCCUGUUUAGCAGCACUUAUGUUGGGCAAGAUCUUCGUUAGGUUCUGCACUGUUUUGUUAUAUUUGGCCGCCGUCAGUUUUGAGUGCGCAGUGAAGCUUAGUUUGCUGUUGAUUUAUACGCCUAAUUAUCUAAGGUCUGAUUUCGCCCUGAUAUGCGUCCCGUUAAUUGCUAUCUCCAUUUGGAUGUGAUGUCGCUUCUUGGUGAUGACUAUAGCCUCAGACUUCUGUAGUGCCAGCUGGAGGCCGGCCGUUCGUAAUCAUUGGCUGGUUUUCUCCGCCGCUGUUCCUAGUAGCCUUUUGAGUUCCCAGGUGUCCUUGGCUUGGGCUAUUAGUGUGAUGCUGUCCGCCAAGGCUAGAUACUUAGCGCCCAAGGGAAGUUUCUGGCUAAGGAGAUCGCCAUACAAGAUGUUCCAUAAGUUGGGGCCAAGAACUGAUCCUUGUGGGACUCCGCUUGUCAGGUUCAUCAUCGUUACAGCUCCGUUUGGCACUUGCAAGUAUAGGGUUCUGUUUUUGAAGCAGUCAUUUGCUAUCUGGCAAAGAUAAGGUGGCAGAUAUUUAGAUCUCAUUGCCGCGUGGAUCUUUAUGUAGAUAGAUAUAAUACACAAAUAAACACUUUUUUUGUUUUCGUAAUUUACUCUUAUUUUUUAAAUUUAUUCUUCCGAAAUAAAGGUAUAUUGAAGGUAAUGAAAAUUAUAAAUAUGUACACACUAUGAAUUUGAAAUUAAGAUUUAUUUAUUUGCAACUAUAGUUUUAUCAAAUAAAUUGUUCAAAGUUUCUACAUUUGUGUUCCAAAUAUGAUUCUAUACGAUUUAAAAAUUCUCUUAAUGUGGCAACGUUUAUUUGGUCUUUUCUCAAAUUUUACAUGUUACUCGUAAUUUGUUUUUUAAAUCUUAGACAUUAUUAGGAGGAUUUGCAUGUACAAUAUUUUUCAAAUGAAUAUAAAUAUAUUUGCCGGUUAUAUUGCUUUUUUUUUAAAUUUUAUUUAGCUUCGACCAUAUUUGUUAAAAUUGUUCUUUAUGCCGAAGAUUUAUUCCUUGAGAUUGGGAUUGGCAUAAUAUUUGGCGUAAUAAUGAUUUUUGCACCAUUUCAUGCAUGGAUAAAAUCAUUUAAUAUACUGAAAAAACGGGAAAAUGAUAAUCAAGAUAUUAAUAAAAAUCAAGUAAAUAUAAGCUAUAAUAUGUUUACUUAAUAUAUAGGAACAAGGUAUGAUAUUUAUGUAUUUUAUUUCAUUUUAUUGUAACAAAUAAAUAAAUAUAUUUAAAUUACAUAAAAUGGAACAAUAAUUUCUUACAAUAAAUAUUUUUCUCCUAAGCAAGGUUUUUGUUGGUAAUAGAAAGCUACUUAUAUUUAUAUUUAUAGCUACAAUAUAAAUUAUAAACAUAAAAAAAUAAUAUAAAUAUAAUAAGAAAUGUAAGAUUUAUACAUUUAUUAUUGUAUAAUAUUGAUUUAUAAUUUAGGUUUUACUUAAAAAUAUUAAUAUUUAAAAUAUUAAAAUAUUAUUUCACGUCAUAAUUUUGCCCUAUUUACCUUUGUAUUGGAAAUGUUUUCCUCGUGAACCCAUAAUUCAUUGUUUUUAUUUAUAAUUUAUAAAACCAGUUACAAUUUUUUUUUACAUAAUAUUUCAGUGAGUAAAAUACCUAGUAACUUAACCAGUUAUAAACGGUCGAACCUAUUAAAUUGUCUUUACGUAAACUUAAACAUAUUUUGGUACUUGCCUUUGCUGUAAUAAUAAUAUUUUAUCGCUCUUUUGUCUAGACUAGUGGUCUUCAACCGGUGAGUCGCGACCCAUUUUUGGAUCGCGUAAGCUUUAAAAUUGGGUCGAGAUAAGUUUUCUUUUUAAAAUAAAAAUUAAGUUUAUACAGUUGUAUAGAAGGUAUACAAAUAAUUGUUUAAUUAUUAAACUUAGAAAAUUAAUAAAUGAAAAUACAGUUUAAAAAUGAUUUUAAUACAUUAUGUAUAUACAAUAUUAUAUAAUUUACUAGUUGUCCCGCGCCCGGCGUUGCCCGUGCCAAUUUUUAUUAUUAUUAUUUUAACCAUAUUCAUUUUUGGUUUUGGCCGUGUUAGAAUUGAAUGAAAACAAAUAGGUGGAAAGUGGGUAGUCCACCUGUGGCGGCCUAAAUGUGUUCUAUUGUGAUAUUUGAAUAGUGUAAAUAAUAGUGAUAAUAAAAAUUAUAAUAGUUUUAUUUUAUAAUGUGUCGGUAAUAAUAAUUUAUUGUAUUAAUUGUAAUACCUUUAAACCAUGACAGUUAAUUUUUAUUUUGUUUAGAAUAUUGUACCGCUAUUAUCAAUUUUAAGAGUGGCUAUAUCAUGCAUAGCUGGAUUCAUUAUUGGGUUUUUGAAGUGGUAUACCAAUUUCCCCGUAACUUGGUCUUUAGGAUGUGCCAUAUCAAUGUUUGUAGCAAGCACUGGCUGGAAAUUUAAAAAUAAGAAUGAUAUAAACUCAACAAUAUCAUCUAAAGACAUUAAUAAUCAAGUGAAACAUGAAAUUGAUGCAGUGUCAAAAAUAUACGAGUUUCUAUUAAUUGCUCUUUAUCCUAUGAUAUUCGUGUUAGUUGGAUUUCAUAUAGGCUAUGUCAAAAUAAACAUUGAAGUAGUAUACACAGGAAUAAUCGUAUUUCUAUUCGUUGUAACUGUAAGUAUUUCUUUUUUAUAGCAAUUAAAAAUUAUUAAUAAUACUGAUAUAAAGCACUGUGUGCAUGUUGAGUUAUUUUCUUAAUUGGUGUUUUUAAUCAUUUUUGUUUUGUGCUUCAUUUUCUAAUCUUCUUGAUGUUAUUUUAUAAUUGCUUCAAUUAAAGAGAUUAUUAAUUAUCAAAUUAUAAAUUCCUAUGAUGUACCUAGUAAAACUAUAUUUACUGGGCCAGUGGCGUAUUUUCAAAUUUUUUGUUGGGGGGGUCGACAUUUGUCUAAAAAAGAGUGAUUUUUUAUCAUGAACCAAUAAUUAUCUCGGAAAAUUUUAAGUGAAUUUGAUUUAUAUUUUUUUUAAUCUUUGUACAAUUGUUUGUACUUUAUUUUGAAACCAUUUUUAAUUUUUUACCUCUACUCUAUACAUUGUAUAUCUACUAUUAAAUGAUUAAUGAUAACGCUUCCCUACACCUGCGGUCUAAAACUAAACAAUAAACUUAUUAUUUAUAAACAGUAAAUUUGAUUUAGUGUUAUGCAUAUUAAAAUGUCUAGAAAAAUAUACUCUAUUCGAAACUGUGUUCGAAAGGAGGGAGGGGGUUCCCAUUUGAAAAACAAAAGUUUAUUCUUAUUUAAGGGACCUAUAUGAAAUAAGGGUAAACAAUUAAAAAUGGUUUCAAAAUAGAGCUUAAAUAAUUCUAUAAAGAUUAAAAUAAAAAAAAAAUAGAAAUCUAAUUCACUUAAAAUCUUCCAAGAUAUAAUGUUAUUUUUUUUUAUACUUUCGUAGCAAGUUAUUUAUAACUUUUGAACCAUAUUUUUUUUCGGGGGAGAGGGGGUCGAGGUCCGGGACGUCCCCUUGAAAACACGCCGAUGUACAGGGUGUCUCAUGAAGAUAUACCUUUUGUGAUAACUCGGAAAGUAUUGCUUGUAUUUAUUUUUUGACAAUUUAAGAAACAAACAGUUCUAAGAUGUUUUAUUUCCAUUAUUUUUUGUUACCUUUAUUUUUAGGAGCGAAAAACGCUACCCACUUUUAAUUUUCAAAUUUCAACCUAUACUAAAAUUCCAUAAAUACGAGAUAGAUAGAUUAUAUUUUAGUUAAAAUUAAUUUUGAAAGUUUUAAUUUUUGUCAACCCGUGGACCCGUUGACGAGAUAUUCCAAUUUUAAGUAUAGGUAAAAACGAUAUUUAAUUAUACUAUGCUUCACGUCACCAAACAAAUGAUGCUCCAUUACUGCAGUUCACCUAAUCAAACUUAAAAUUAGAAUAUAUUGUAAACGGAUUGACAAAUAUUAAAUAUGUUGAUACAAACAUUUAUUUUAGUGAAAAUGUCACUUAUUUGUGGUAUUUUUAUUAUAGGAUGCAAUUUGAAAAUGAAGUGAGUAGAGGUUUUAUCUCCGAAAAUAUUAAGAAAUAUUGGAGUUAUAAUAUUUAAGAGCUACUUAUUUCAUAAAUUAUAAAAAAUUCCGAAAAAAAUUAAUAAUACUUUCCAAAAUAUCGCAAUGGGCAUAUUUUCGUAGGAAACUUGUUUUAAAAUAAUUAAGCAUCGACAAAUAUACACUUAUAAAUAUUUAAAACAUACAUUCAUAAACUAAAAUUUUAUCAUGAUUUUAAAGUGAAAAAUUACAGCAUAUGAAUAAUAUUCCAUUUAAACUUUUUUUUUAUCUAAUUAAAAAAAAAUAAAUUCAUAUUUUCAGAUUCGUAUAAUAAUCACAACAUGUUCAGUUUGGGGUACAGGAUUCAGUUACAAUGAAGUGAUAUUUAUAAAUAUAGUUUGGAUUGUUAAUUCUACUAUUAUGGUAAUGUAAAUUAUUUUCUUUUAAAUAUCAAUAAUUUGCAUGAAAUUAAAUUACGACUAUGUUCAGAUAUCUCUAUUAUGUUCACCACACUGUUGAGUAGAUAUACAAACUGAACGAAUCUAUUUCCAAAUCAGGGUUUAAUUUAAAUCACAAUUAAAAAAAAAAGCUGAUAUUGGGGACGGGUGCGAGUAAGCGAGUAGUUGGGGAGAUGAGAUAGAUAUAGUUAUUUAAUUUAUACCUGUAUCAAUAAUAAACAAUCCUAACAAAAAAACGAUUCAGAGCGAAGUUCGGUUAUACAUGUUUUGAACGGCCGUGAUAUUUACGAUUUAUAAUUUUCCUAGGAUAAUGGGGAUGGUUGCAGUUACUGUUAUAGAUGAGAAGUUGGGAAGGUAGUAGAAAGGAAAUUUAAUGUACAUCUGUACGUAACGAUUAACCAUUGCCAACAAAAAAACGAUUUUGAGCGGAGUUCGGUUGAUAGUGUUGCUCUGUCAACAAUAUAUAUGCCAUAUCAUGAUAAAAAUAAUUAAAUAUAAUGUAUUAUAUAUUUUCUUUAAUAAUAUUUGUUUAAGAUUGCGCCUAUUAUUAUUUGCGCCCGUUUUUCCUACGUUUAUUCCCACGUUUUUCCCUUUUAUUAUGAAAAUACCUGGGAAAAUCGAAAAAUGACUUUCUUAAUAUAUCACCUCUGUCAGAUUUUUUUUCGGAAAAAGUGCUACACUUGUGAAAUGAAGCAAGUUUUAUGGUAGAAAAAUUGUUCACAGACAAAAAAGAAUUAUAAAUAAACAUCAGUGUAAAACCAUUACAUUCCUCGUUCUGCUCAGAAUCUAAAUUACUUUAGAUAUCAAAAAACGACUUUCUUUAUUGUUGCCGUAAAUAUUAAUCAAUUUAAAUUUUUUAGUUUUUUCUAAUUAUUAUGAAAACUACUUUAGACAUCAAAAAAUGACUUUGUCUGUUAAUAAUUAGAUGUUAAAUGGAACAAUUGGAAUUUUAUCAUUUUUCGAUUGGAGCAAUUUUUCUGAUAGAAAACAUAAGUUGCAAAAAUAAAAACAAUGCAAUCGGUAAUGUCGUGGUACGCUGUAAAUAUUUGCCGUUUCGUCUACAAUUUUCUAACUAAUCGAAAACUUCUUGGAAAAUUAAAAAAUGACCUCCCAAUUUAUCAACUAGACUAAAUUCCUUUUCAGAAAAAUUAAUAUACUCUAUAGAUCGGAGCAAAAAUUCUUUUUUAAAAGUUGUUUACAGACAGAAACAAAUGAAAAAAAAAACAUAGUAAAAUCAAUAGGUCCCUCGCUACGCUCAAAAAAUAAAAUAUGAGAGAUUGGACUUAUUAUUAUUUGUUGACAUUAAAUGUUCCAUGUUAUGUAAUUUAAUUAUAUGUCUAAUUAGAUAUUAGAGUAAUAAUAUUAUCAUUCAAUAACUUUGAUUUUCAUAUUACGUAACAUUUUGUGAAUAUUGGAUUUAUUUAUUGUUUGCAUUAUAUAAGCAUAGACGCCCGCCAGGAUAUUUUUUAGGGGGGUGCACAGUAAUUAUUUAGAACCUAUCCUAACCUAACCCAAUCCUAAAUAAUAUUAAUUAUCAUUAAUUUACAUUUUUUCCAAAAGAAACGUAAAAUUUAUUCAAGUACAAGUACCAGCUUGAGUAUUAGUGAAGAUCAAAUUAGUUUAAAAGACAGUCACGAGACAAGUUAUUGAAGUACCUACUGUAGAUAUCAAUAAACAAAUUGGUGCUAAUAAAUUAGAUAUUGGACUGUAUUUAAAUUCUCGUGUUGAUAGACUAAAUUUGAAAUUACUGAAAGAGCCUUGAGUUCCUCCGAAAAAAUAUGACUUUAAAAAAGAUUUGAGAGAAGAGAGAAGAGAUACGAGAGAAUUUCGUUUAGAAUGAUUUGCCAUUUAUUCAUGGCUACGUUACUCAGGUGUUUCCAAAGAUCCAAUUAUUUUUAAAUAUUUAUUUUUGUGAAAAUCCAGGGGGGUAAAAUCGCACCCCCUUGCCUCUCCUUGCACCCUCUUUUCACUCCCUUGCGGCGUCUCUGUGUACAAGUAUAGAUCGUAAAAACAUUUAAAUUUUUUUUAUAUAAUAUAUGGAUUUUUUAUGUGUAGACGUGUUUGACAACUACCUCGUAUUUUUAUGAUCAUAAUACAAUUGACAAUUUCUUCGAUCAUAUUAAGUUUACCGCUGAAAUAUUUUUACUACUUAAAGCCUUCUUUGGAUCAUUCAUCAUACAGAGGUUUGGUACACGUUUGUUGACCAAGGCCGUAUAA